AUUGUAGAGGCUCCAAGGGGAAACUACAAGCAUCAUGUCUUAGAAGAAUCAUGACUUGAGUGACAGUCAGAGCUGAGAUGAUGCACCAGAUGCAGUGGCACUGUCUCCAUCACUGAUGAAAUGGGAUAUGACUAGUGGACAGUCAUCACUUUGUAACUCACCAACACAAUUAGCAGCCCAUCUCUUCUCAUAUGUUGCAGUGAUUGCAGUGCAGUCUUCGUGCCCUGGGCAGGGCUGUUGCAUGUUGGCAACUGAGGCUGGUUCAGUAUUUGCACCAAGAAGCAUACCACGCAUACCCUCUGGUGUAAGACUGGUUCCCAGGUGACGGACAGCCAUGACUUCAUUCAGCUGUGCAGCUCUUUGCCACUUGCCAGGUCUUCUCACCUCUUUGUAAAGUUUUUCUUGGUGACUGGUAUAGUGGCACUUCUUACAAUGGAUGGAAAGGAUCCAUGCCAGGCCUCGUUUUUCCUCCCUAUGCCGAUACCAGUCCAGUAGACCAUCACAGUCUGGAAACUUAUGUGAGAGAAAGACCUACCUGCCUCUAGCAGAGAGUGGUAGUAGGAUGUACUUUGUCACCAGUGACUUGGCUAAAAUCAACAACAUGUACAGAUUCAGUCUGGCUGCCUUCCUGAGAAUCUUCCAGAAAGCUCUUAAGACCAAACAAGACGGCAGUGAGACUGACCACAGAAUCCGAGCCCUGACUCAGAGACUACAGAAUCUGGUGUAUGAAUACGUCUGCCGCUCUCUGUUCAAAGCAGAUCGACUCAUGUUUACCCUUCACAUGGUGCAUGGAAUGAAACCAGAGAAUUCUCUACACAUACGAGGUAAAGCAGGAGAGGGAACCAGACUGGCCUUUUUGUUUACAUUCAGCUACGGUACCAGAUUAAUUCUGAUUUUGACAAAAUCGGACCAUGGUAUUAGGAUUGAAAAACUCACUGACUGGAAGGGUUUCACAGGAAUCCUGGUGUCUGAUGUGAAGUCGGAGGGAGGGCGGGGAUUACCCUCCUGGGUUGAUCAAGAGAGGCACACUGCUGUCACCAAUCUCAAGAACAAUUUCCCAAAGUUGUACCAGGUGCUGAACUUUGAUGAUGAGUUUCUGUGGUCUAACUUCUACCAUAGUAACAAGUGUGAGAAGGAGUUCCCCUCAUGAUUGAGAAGCGAGUCACUCUAUUCCAGCAGUUACUUGUAGUCCAGGCAGUCAGGCCAGACAGACUACAGACUGCCAUGGGACUGUUUGCCUGCAAGGCUUUAGGUUAGCUUCUUUUUGAGUUAGGAAUGAAGGAGCUUUCUCCCCCUUCUGUGAAUCUCGAGAGACUCCUGGAAACAGAGACUUUGCCAUCCGAGCCUAUUCUGAUCAUUAUCUCCCCUGGUGCUGACUCCUCAUAAGAGUUACAGGACUUGGCUGCUCAGACUUUAGGUGGUGAUAAAUACCACCAGGUUGCUAUGGGUCAAGGUCAGUCUGACAUACAGUGUCUGAGGGAGUGUGCUCAGAAUGGAGAAUGGCUGUGUCUGAAGAACCUCCAUCUUGUAACAGCCUGGCUGCCUCAGCUGGAAAAGGAAAUAAACACAUUGAAGCCACAUGAAGAUUUCAGACUCUGAAUGACAGCAGAAGUGCAUCCUAAAUUUCCCACAAUCCUCCUACAGAGCAGCUUGAAAAUCACUU